GCACGCAUCGACCCCUCGUCCCUCUGCAACUGCAAUUUCCCCUCCCAAAACUCUCGCUCCCUCUCCUCCAGACGCAAUGCUUUAAGCCAUGAACAGAGCUCUCAAACCUUCAUCAAAACCCUAACCCUAACUUUAACCCUAAUCCUAACCCUAAUUCAAAGCACCAUUCAAACAUUAUCCAUUUGAACGCCAAAAAACCCAAUCCCAAUGGAGGGUGCGAGUUUUCUGAGUAGUAGAAGUAUCGGUUACAGACCAGCACCGAAUGAUUCCGUCGUGGGGUUGCCGAGCAACAGUAGUCAGAAGUCGCUAACUCCGAUUCUUGAUCGUUUCAAGCUUUUGUUGAAGGAAAGAGAGGAAGAAAUUAGGGUUUCUAGCGGGGGAGACGAUGAUAUUGAAAUUCCACUGCUUAGUACUGAAGAGAUUGUAGAGUUAUAUGAAGUUGUUUUAUCGGAGUUGGUUAUUAAUUCGAAGCCAAUUAUUACUGAUCUCACGAUAAUCGCUGGGGAACAGAGAGAACAUGGUGCGGGCAUUGCUGACGCAAUUUGUGCUCGAAUUAUCGAGGUUCCAGUUGAGCAAAAACUCCCUUCUUUAUAUCUUCUGGAUAGUAUUGUCAAAAAUAUUGGCAGAGAUUAUGUGAGACACUUUUCUGCACGCUUGCCUGAGGUUUAUUGUGCAGCAUACAGACAAGUGCACCCAAGUCUGCAUCCUUCCAUGCGCCAUCUUUUUGGUACAUGGUCAACAGUAUUCCCAGCUUCCGUUCUUCGAAAGAUUGAAUCUCAAUUACAGUUUUCCCCUUCACCAAGUUAUCAAUCUUCUGGUUUAAAAGAUGCUGAAUCCCCAAAACCAGCUCAUGGUAUACAUGUCAAUCCAAAGUACUUGGAGGCAAGACGUCAGCUUGAAAGUUCAUCUACAGAUACUAAACUUCAACAUGCAAGACCAAUUUCAACUCCAAAGAUUCUUGGACAGCCUUCAACUGCAUUCGAUGAAUAUGAGACUGAUAAUGGACAGUCAAUAGGGUCAACUAGUCAACUAGGUCAUACUCCAUUUGGUCAUGGUCAUACAAGACCUCCAUCACCAGCUCUUGAAGAUUUUCCCAUGAUUGAUUCCCCUAAAAGAGUGGUUGAAGUUGCAUCACCAUCACCAUCACAUCAUGGCUAUGGUUAUAGACCACCUAGUGGCAGUGGCAGUGGCACACAUGGUGUAGCUGUAAGUAAUGGAUUUGAUGUUCAAAGACCAAGGGCUUUGAUUAGUGCUUAUGGGACAGAUGAGAGAAACAAAAUGAUUAAUCAGAAUCAUCAACAUGGGAAAAAUUUAAACACAAAUGGAUUAGGUAGUAAAGGUGGUGUGCUGACUUGGCAGAAUGCUGAAGAAGAGGAGUUUGAGUGGGAAGACAUGAGUCCUACUUUGGCAGGUAGCUCUAAAAGGGGACAAAUGGUGGGACCCAAUCGGACCGGUUUUGGUAGAGGCGAUUGGUCUAGCCAGGAGCGGGUCCCAUCGGUUGCCUCCAACAAUGCGGUUUCAUUGUCUGAUCGUGGAUUAAAGCGAAAAAUGACUGGAUUCCAAAACGAGGCUUCAGAUAUUCCAGUUUCUCGUUACUCUCAAGAACCAUUAAAUCUUUCUCACGAACAGCAGUGGGCCCCUCAGCAUCAUUACAAUCCACGGGGGCAAAGGCCCCCUCUCAUUGAUACCUAUCCAAUCCCCAAUCCACAGCAUCACUUGUCCUCAGCUCCCAGAUUGAAUCUAUCAAGCCCCGGAAUCAUGAAUCCGGAGUUGUCAAUUCCAACUUCAAAACCAGCCUGGCGUCCAUCUAUUCCGUUUCAGAAACACGUCAGGAGUCCAUUUGACAUGUUGAAUCCUUCCAAUUCGGUAAAUGAUAACACAUCAUUUUUGCAUAAUCAGCCGUUUGAUGGCAGUGAAACCCAGCUACUACCCAAACUCCGGAAUCAGCAAUUCCAAACUCAGAUAGAGGUUCGGCCACCUGCUUUGGGGUUUAACCCAUCUCAUCUAACAGCACGACCCAUGAUUCGUGGGUAUACCCCACAACGAUUUGAUUCCAAUCAUUCCAUGAAUCCGGUCCCUGGAAUGCAAUCAUCAAUUCCAUUCCAUUUGCAUGGUGUAGGGUUGCCACCUUUACCCCCAGGACCCCCUCCACUUCAUCAACCCCUUCCAUCAAACACCUCAAUACCUCCAGCUGGCGGUGCACUUUCUGGUUUAUUCAGUUCUCUGAUGGCCCAAGGGCUGCUCUCACUCACUAAACCAACUCCUGAACAGGAUUCCGUGGGACUCGAAUUCGAUCCCGAUGUUCUAAAAACCCGCCACGAGUCCGCAAUAACCGCAUUAUACACCGAUCUUCCAAGACAAUGCAAAACAUGUGGGCUCCGCUUCAAAUCACAAGAAGAACACAGUAACCACAUGGACUGGCACGUAACAAAAAACCGCGUGUCAAAAAACCGUAAACAAAAACCCUCUCAAAAAUGGUUUGCAAAUGUCAGCGUAUGGCUCAGCAGUGCAGAAGCAUUAGGGACCGAUCCGGUCCCCGGAUUUCUAAUUCCAUCUGAAAAUGUAAUUGAAAAGAAAGAUGAUGAUGACGUGGCGGUCCCUGCUGACGAGGAUCAGAAUGCUUGUGCGUUAUGUGGCGAGCCGUUUGAUGAUUUUUACAGCGAUGAAACGGAAGAAUGGAUGUAUAGAGGUGCGGUUUAUAUGAAUGGUCAAAGUGGGUCAACUGUGGGUAUGGAUAGGUCUCAAUUGGGCCCCAUUGUUCAUGCUAAAUGUAGAUCCGAGUCUACUGUGGGCCCGCCUGAUGAUUCUGGAAGUAAUGGACGGGGAUUAAUGGAAGAAGGGAUGCGGCAUGUUGGAUGAGAUAAAACGCGGAUUUGAUUUUAGGUGGAGGAGUUAAUGUAAGUUAGAAAUGAGUUUGUGCUUCUUACAUCAAUCUGCUUAAAUGUGUGCAGAUUCAUUCAGAGUCAUCAUCAUGUACAUGUAUAGUUGGAUAAAAUGGAAAAGAUUUAACUAUUCCUUUC